AUGUCUUCCACCAUUGCGCAGGGUAUAGCCGGUCGUGUGAAUGCAGAAUGGAUGCCAAGUCAGCCUUCUGCAGCACCAGCAGGCCGCAAUGAUCUAAAUAAUAACAACAAAGGAACGACUGUUGGACAGCAGGCUUCUUGGCAGGCAACGCAAGAUGCCAAAAACACCCCAAAUCAGCAAUCUCCUUCCUACAAGCAAGCUGCCUCCAACACUCAGGAUGAUGGGCAAUAUCACCCAAAUCAACCCAAGUCCCAGACACCACAGCUCGGCAAAGCUCUAGACGCCACGAACCAACAACCAGCUCUGGGACAGCAAGCUUCUUCGCUGAUACCACAAAAUUCUGGAAGUCAGCAAUUGUCCCCAAAUAGCCAAGCCUCAAAUAGCCAAGCCUCAAACAGCAAAGCACCUUCCAGCACCCAGGAUGAUGGCCAGUACCACCCAAACCAGCAAUCAUCUACAAACAAUCAAGCAUCUACAAACAAUCAAGCAUCUGCAAACAAUCAAGCAUCUACAAACAAUCAAGCAUCACCCAUCACUCAGGAUGAUGGCCAGUACCACCCGAACUCGGCUGGGGGCAAGGGAAGUCCUUCUACUUCAAGUAGCGGUCAAUACAGUCCUCAGCAACAACAGCAGCAGCAACAACAGCCAGCAGAAGACCAUGCUCAGGUGGAUCAAGCAUUCACCCAAACACAACACGGACCAAGCAUAAACGCAUACGACACCCAGCAAUUGGACUGGAGUCAAGUCGGCCCUGUAGGCGAAAGUUGGAAUUCAGUGGUUGGUGCUACCCAGUCGCCUACCUCAACUCAGCUACACCCUACUGGCCAUCCAACAUCAACAUCAACCAGUGCUCCUUCAAUACCCGCGUCUUCAGAAACAGGUUCAUCUGCCAGUUCACCCGCUGCACGUGCGGGUAUUGUUUUGUCGGUCGGUGCUGCCGUAGCACUCAUUGCACUUCUGAUUUUGUUCCCACUUUGUAAGCGACGCAGGCGCCUGCAAAAAGUACUUGGCGAUAAGGAAAAAGAAGUUGUCGUGGAUGGCCCUCUAAAGGGAGCUACCCAGUCUCUCAACGGGUUCAUAUCAAGAGUUCAGAGCCAAAGUGCUCGACUGGCUUUGUUAACGCCCGCUCUCAUUAGACCCAAGCGGCAACCUUCAAACCCUGCCGUGUGUUUUGAUGACACGCAUAUUGGUAGUGAGACCAACAACGAUACGAUUGUUUCACACAAAUCUCCUCGAAUCGAGAUUUACCCUGCGUCCCACUACUCACCACCUAACUCAGUUUCUUCUUGGGAGACAGAACUGUCUAAGUCGCGUUCCAACAGCUCCUUGGCGCAGUCAGAAGACGCAAAACCAGAGCAAACCGGAAGCCCCAAUGUUGGCCAUGGAAGUGGUCUAGGGACACUAGAAAACCUGAGCGUGGGAAACCUCGUCGCUGCCAACCCAUCAAUGAGAAAUAUUUAUACCGUGGAAAUGGAUUAUAGCUCUAAAAGAGCUGGCCAGCUUGACCUUCAAGCCGGCCAACGUUUGUGCAUAAUGCAGACCUUUGACAAUGGCUGGGCAAUGGGAGUUCGCCUCGACUGUCCUGAAGGAGGAUUAGUGCCCCGCUCUCAUCUCUCUGCUGAACCUGACAGCGAACCUCUUCGACGUACUGGCGAGCACAGAAAGUCAAACCGAUACUCUUUCAACCAACGACGUCUUAGUUCUUUGGGCUCGCGCUUUUAUUCCUUGUUUUCUCCCUCAGCGCAAGAGCCACACCCUUCGUCCCCUGUUUAG